CAAAAGUGGCAACACUUAAUUUUACAGAUUUGGCAUUAUGUGACCUGGUACCAGGCAGGCCAUAUAUAAGUCUUGAAAAUUCACUGACAACUCAUUGUCUGGUCAAAACGUUUGAUCUGAGGGGUGCUCAACACUUUCUUCUCUGAAAGACUGAAGCUGUUUGCCUAACUGCAGUGAUGAAGGGUACCAUGCUGGUUUUUGCUGCACUGUGUUUGAUCCUCUGCUGGACGCUGCCUGUAGGCUCCAGGAAGAUCAGUUUUAUCAUCAAUCUACCAAAGGCAAACCCGAGCAUCCAAAUGAGCAUGGUUGAAGAUGCUGUUGAUGACAUGUACUGUGAUUGCAAAGACAAAAUGAUGAAAAGGGUCAAGAACGAAUACUUUAAAAAAGAGAACACUGGAACAUUUGCGAAAGUCUGGAAGAUAGAAGAAAAUUGUUCCAAAGACAGACUAAAACGUAAAGACAAAGAGGAUAAGGCUCUAACUAAGGAUCACAUGCGAGCAAUCUGUGUUUAUACAUCUGAUUAUGAAAGCUUUUAUGAGACGUUCAAUGCUGCAGUCCGGACCAACAGAACCGUCUACAACACCUCCUUCCCAUUUCACUCCUUACAUUUCUGGCUGACAUUUGCUUUGCAGAUUCUCAAUAAUAAUAAAAAAUGUCACACUACUUACCGCAGAUCCAAAGCUGAGUUUACUGGCGAUGUCAAACAAAUAAUUCGGUUUGGUAUCUUUGCCUCCAGCUCUUACAAAACAACACUGACCAUGUUUGGUAAGAAGACCUGCUUUAAAAUUAAAACCUGUUUUGGUGCUUACCUCAAACAUUAUCCACAUCUUGGAAAGGUAGAGCAAGAGGUGCUCAUCCCUCCCUAUGAGAAGUUCAAGAUAACUGAGAAAAUAAAGGAUAAAUCUGUAGAAGGUCUUGAGGACUGUGAGGUUGUGUAUAUCCUGAAAAGUGCAGGAGUUCAAAGCAAUGUAGACUGCCGUGCUGCAUAAAUAGCUAACUGUGUCCAUAUGAUCCUUCUAAAAUCCAAGCUCAUUACAAAAAAAUACAAAUAACAGCGUCUGUAUUCGCAGUUCAGAAAAAGUGAUUAUUUACAAUAGGCUACUCACGGUACCGUCGAUCCGUCAGUUAACAGUAGGUCAGGUUUGCAGCGUCGGCCUCGACUCCUCCAAGACACCGGCACCUCAUGGCAAAAUACAAAGACAUCGGAUUAUUCCUCCUCCUGACACAGACUCACUCCAGAGUCAAUAAGGCUUCAGUUUCACCCGAGCUGGCUAUGAGGACGCAGACUUUGCAACAGAAUCUGAUGUCGAGGGUAAAGCUGGCGUUUCUGUCCUUCACUGACUGACAUUCUGACAACUCCGAGUCUUACUGAUCACUCACUGAGGAGGUGCAGACGUCUAGUUUUCUCUCAGAACACUUGAAUUACAAUAUACUGAGAAGUUAUGAUUUUUUUGCCCAAUUAUACCAAAAAUAUUCUGCCUACUGCAGCUUUAAGUUUUCAUGCUUCCCAGACAUAUUGUACAACAACAUGAGCAACAACUUUUUGUUUUACGAUUUCAAACAGGCAUUUGUGAUGUGCUUUUGCAUAUAUCAGCAUUUCUUUCUGCAUCAAAUAUUUUGUUUUUCUGAAUAAAAUCAAUCAUCUUUUAAACAACAA